CUGCGACGACAAAAUACUUCCCCACCAAACUAGAGAGACAAAACCACCGAGAAAAAGACUCCGGACCCCACAUAGAAAGGAAAAUCGAACCCAGAGAGUGUAAACCGCAAACUUACACCCUUGAUUAGUCGAGAGUCAUAUGUGUGCACAUAUCAACGGCGACUGCUCCGCCCCAUGCCGGCGAUUAGGGUUCGCUAUCUUCUGCAAUCCGCAGGCAUCUGUUCUCUGUGAAGUGUUGUUUCGAUAUGACUAGAAAGAAUUGAAAGCGGCAGGAGCAGAGCAACUCAAUGACGGACGGCGAGGGCUUCGAAUUCAAGGUUGGGAAAUCGAGUCUCGCAAGCGCUCCAUUCUCAAUCUCCUUGUUUACAAAAUUUGCAAUAACAAUUAGUUAGCCCAAUUAGUUUUUCUCCUGAACGUAACUCCAGCCCAAUUCGUGAAGCGAAGCUGCGAAGGGGAGAGGUAAAUCUGCGAUAAGACGAAGUGCGAAGGCCGAAGGGGCGAAAGGCGGUGCGGCCUGCAGCGGUGCGUGAACUAUGCUCCCGCCUCCGCCCUCCGGUUCUUCACUUCUUGAGCUCUUGUCUUCUCCAGUUCAAUCAGUUCUUCACUUCUGCAAAAAUCCAAUCGGCGGCGACUCCACCUCUAGUUUAAUCGGAUUUUGACCGGUUUAGCUAAAGUUUGACAAAUUUUGACCGGUUUUCACCAUUUUCCGGUUUUGGCUUGUAAACCGGUAGAAUAACCGGCUCGCUACUUUCAACUCUCGCCAGUUUAAACCGAUCCGGGUGUCCGUAAGAUUUGGAAUGGCUACAGAUAUGUACUCGGAACGUCCACUUUUUGGUGGGGCCAUCGCUUCUACAUUUCCCAGCCGCUUCCAGGACGUUAGUACUAUACGCCAAGUUCCCGAUAAUCAGGAGGUGUUUGUGGAUCCCGCCCGGGAUGAGAGUUUGAUAUUUGAGCUUCUUGAAUUGAAGCAAGAUGUGGCGGAUGAUGGAAGUGCCACUUGGUUUCUUCAGGACCUUGCUAAUGAGCAGGAUGCGGAGGGAGCCAUUUUGAUUGAGAAGUCAGAGGUGUUUGAUGUUCCUGGACUGCGCUUCAGGGCCUUGCCUUCUGUCAUUUCUACUGCUGUUGGUCAAAUGGCUAUAUCAAAGGGAAGGCAAGGGAGGGAAGCACAAAACUUGGUCAAGGUUUAUUUGGCAAAUGUGCGACUCAAGGAAGUUACUACUGAUGUUCUGAUCACAGCAUAUGAGCCUAUUGUAAUCAACUCGUUAAGUGAAAGCGCAACCACAGUUGGGGCUGGUAUAGCUGUUCCUGCUGAGCAAGCUGGAUGUAUGCCAAUGUCUGAGGUCUUUAAACUUGCGGUUUCCAGCUUUAAAGUGUACAAUUGGGGACUUUUUACUACUGGUUGAAGUUGAAGUCCGCAAAGAUUCCAUUUCAGUAUAGAGUCUAGUGUGUGUGUAUAUGUGUGUGUGCUUGUAUGGAAUUCUUUUUCUGUAAUGAAAUUACGUAGUAGUAUUUAAAUGUUGCCUAGCCCACAUUCAGUUUUACAUUAUUCUAUGCCAUUUUUCUUACUUCAAGGGGGGUUUUCAGCAAAUACUUGAUCAUCUUUUACCCUAUGCAUCUUUGCCCUCUAACCCUCUUAGGUUCUAGUCCAGUUUUGCAUAUUUCAGAUUUAAUAUUUGGCUUCAAUAUCCCUACUCCCUACAAAUAUAACACAUUUUGUUUAGAUCUUGUAAUUUUUUUCAUACAUGUAAUAGACGUUGUUUUGCUUUUAAUCUAUCUCUAACUCUAAGAUCAUUCCAU